UUAAAUAGCAGUCCUGGGAUGAUUUUACAACAGACUCCCUGGAAGUGCCCAAGCUGAGCUGUGGAAGACCCACAUCGAUGAAAGCAAAGCCAAGCCACCAAGCCACCAGCAUGUCCUCGUCUCUUCGAGUAAGCCCGUCCAUCCACGGCUACCACUUCGACACAGCUGCUCGCAAGAAAGCUGUGGGCAACAUCUUUGAAAACAUAGACCAGGAGUCCCUGCAGAGGCUCUUCAGGAACUCCGGAGACAAGAAGGCAGAGGAGCGGGCCAAGAUCAUUUUUGCCAUCGACCAAGACUUGGAGGAGAAAACUCGAGCCCUCAUGGCCCUGAAGAAGAGGACAAAAGACAAGCUUCUCCAGUUUCUCAAACUGCGGAAAUAUUCCAUCAAGGUACACUGAGCAUAGCAGGAUGGGUAAGCGCUUAUCCACCAAUGGACCUUUACAGACCCAGAGAGCCUGCCUGCUCUGGCUGGGGCCGUGUCCCGUGAAGGCUUGAGAGCUUCCUCCUACAGGACUCCGAGGAUGGAAAGGGACAUAACUCACCAGCUACACAGACUUCCAACUCACUGCAGUGAACUGGAAGCAAAGUGCCUUCAGCAGGGGUUGAGAACUCUCGCAGCAGGAAAGGACCUGCAUAGCCUGAGAGGAUGGAGGCACACACCAGAACACUUUUAUGGGGACUGAGAACACAUUUGUGCGGACUGAGUGCACUCACCUAGGGGCGUCGGCAAGGCCCUAAGACUAAACUCAAACCUAACUUCGUUUUUUGUUCUUGUUGUUUGUUUUGUUAUUUUCUUUUCUUUUUUGAAAAUUAUCGAAGUGGGUAGGGAGAGGGAGGAAAGAAGGAAUAUGAAGCAUACAUGGUUUACUGACGUUUUGGUUUUUUAAAAUCUGAAUGUUUUAAAGUGUGGCUAAACCUCCAUGCUGUUUGUUGGUCAAGAUUUUUAGAGAUCAGUAACUGACUGCUUGCAUUGAAUACAAUGCCUAAGACAGUGCACCCCCUGGUGUUAAAGCCAAAGAACUGGAUGCCAGGCCCAGCCCAGUAAACCCUCGGCUUCAGCCAAUGUUUCAGCCAAUGUACAUAUUUCAAAAUGGUUUGCACAAAGCUGAAAUAAUGGGGCCCUUCAUAAAUCUGAAGGACUGUGAACAAUUUUCUAAUGUUUUACUCUCUGACUAAUGCUAAAAUAUAAUCUAAUUAAAUGGCCUACAGACACUGUAGCGAGCAUUAGGAAAUGAAUAUGGGAGAUUUUAGAAGGAUGCUGUGGUUUUUAAAAAUAAUUUAUUAUACAUUGUAAGUGAUACAUAGCCCUAAUAAAUUAUUAUCAACUUAGAUUCUCUUGCUCUGUGGUGAUCGGUCCCAAGGGAAAAAUAUAGGAUGGUAAAUUUUGAUCAUUGUAAACUUUUCUAUGGGUUGACUCUAAAUCUCUCACAGCAGCUUUAUGCUGACCGCCAAACUUUUCCAAAACAAAUGAUUGCAUCAAUUGUCUAGAGAACUUCCCCCACCCCAACUUUAAACUUCAUGGCAUAGAUAUAGUUGCCCAUAGAGUAAUUUGGCAAUAUUACCUUUAUAUAUCCAUAAUCUAUCUUCAUGUUUGUGAAAUUUCUCCUCUGUCACUACAGCAGAUACAUAACCAUUUAUUUCUUCCUAAAUGGUAUGUUUUAAAGUUGGAGUGAAUUAUGAUAAAGUUUCUGUGGGUUAUUAUAACAUUAUUAUCUCUUUCCUUAUUCCGGCAUAAUUUGUAAUAAAGCAUUUCUAAAGAGGCCUGA